CUGUUCGUGUGCGUUAACGUAUAAAACGCGCUACAGAAAUGAGACUGAAUGCGUAAUGUCAGAGGUUCAGCUGUUGUUUGCUCACUCAGCUUCAUUUUUCGGGACAUGUGUCCUCUGAGCGGCGUUGAUUGGUCCUGAGGAGCAGUGAUGUCACCGCCUGUUUAUGAUGUCCCGGCCGGUGCAGCAGCUCGUGCAGGCUGAAGGCUACAGAGGAGCGCCAGAUGGAGUUGGCGCGCGACGGGAGUUGAGCCGUGGCUCGUGCUACAGACUUGAAAGGCUGCCUCGCACUGCCUUGAUGAACCCGACCUGGUCCCGCACACAGCGCAGCAGCCCGUCAUGGGGGACGGUGGCGCGUCCUCAACGGUGAACUUCCAGAAUGUCUCGGGGAGCGGCGCGUCGGACGCACCGGGCUCCGCCGCGGCCGCGUCCGAGCAGUGGAUGGCGGGGAUGAGCCUGGUGAUGGGUUUGAUCGUCCUGUGUAUCGUGUUCGGGAAUAUCCUGGUCAUCAUAGCCAUAGCCAGGACGCAGAGGCUGCAGACGCUCACCAACGUGUUCAUCGUGUCGCUGGCGAGCGCGGACCUCAUCAUGGGGCUGCUGGUGGUGCCGUUUGGCGCUGCGCUCGAGGUGCGCGGUUCCUGGCAGUACGGCUCCUUUUUCUGCGAGUUUUGGAUCUCCGUGGAUGUCCUGUGCGUCACCGCCAGCAUCGAGACCCUGUGCGUAAUCGCCAUAGACAGGUACGUGGCCAUCACCUCGCCUUUCCGCUACCAAAGCUUGUUAACCAAAGCUCGGGCCAAAGCGGUGGUGUGCAUAGUCUGGGCUAUUUCUGCGCUGGUCUCCUUCCUGCCCAUCCUGAUGCACUGGUCCCGGGACAGUGUGGACACAGCCUGCUACGAGGACCCCGAGUGUUGCGACUUUGUCACCAACAGGGCUUACGCCAUCUCCUCAUCCAUUAUAUCCUUUUACAUUCCCCUGCUGGUCAUGAUAUUUGUUUACGCCCGCGUAUAUAGAGAGGCAAAAAAGCAGCUGAGGAAGAUCGACAAGUGUGAGGGCAGGUUUCACAACACCUUAACCGGACUGACCUCCAAGUGCAAGAAGAGGCCGUCUAAAAUCCUGGCGCUCAGGGAGCAGAAGGCGCUCAAAACGUUGGGCAUCAUCAUGGGGACGUUCACCCUGUGCUGGCUGCCUUUCUUUAUAGUCAACGUCGUGCGGGUGUUUUGCGCAGAGGUGGUGGACAAGGACCUUUUCGUGUUCCUAAACUGGCUCGGGUACGUGAACUCGGCGUUUAACCCAAUCAUUUACUGCCGGAGCCCGGACUUCAGGAAGGCUUUCAAGAGACUGCUGUGCUGCCCGAGGCAAGCCGACCGCAGGCUGCACAUCAGCUCCUGCGACCUGUCCAGGUGCUCCGGCGGGUUCGUCACCGCUCUGGAGCCCGGCGCAUUGGGGUUGUGGUCGGACUGCGCCGGCUUGGACAACAGCGACAGCAGCCUGGCGGGGACCGUAAAGCUCACUCACUCUCACUCUGAAUCACAGCUGUGAAGGAAACAAAUCAAAUAAAACUUUUUUUUCAGGUGGAUUAUUACAGCAGCCUGGAAAACAGAUAGUGACAUCAAAUGGGCGUUGACUCCUUGAGCAUGGGGUUUCUCUUUGGCAAAGGUAUGCGCAAGAGCCGUACCUUAUAGUCUAAGUGGAUCCCUUUUUUAUAUAUAUCUGCAUCGGAGGAGCGAAAUUACCAGAGAUGUAUUUGAAAGCCAUAUUUUUAAUGUUAUUAUAUAUAAUGGCCAAUGUUAUUUCAAAGGUUCCCAAAUUCUCUCCAGGACAGUUCAGUGCUGAGGAGAUGAUCCAAUUUGCCAAAUAAUAUCGACCCUGAAAAGGUAGUUAGAUGGAUCUGAUAAAUCAUAAUGGGUGCAUGCACUUAAAACAGGAUCCAGAGCGCACGCACGCUCCUGCGGUUUAUAUCAUUUCUUAUGUUAUUGAAUCAGCAGUUCAGUAUUGAGGAGGACAAUCUAUGUGGGUAUCCUAUUAAUCCCCCCCCCCCAAAGGAUGGGUCACAAUUCGUUCUUACAGUGACCGCUCGGACGCACUGUAAUAAACUGGUUGUUAUUUAAAAGCAUUGGACAUGAGAGAGGCAUUUGUCAGAGGGACUGUACUGUAGUCAUGUAGUGCUCACAAUGUGUUUUACCUCACAGACAUUGACAAGUGCAAUUUGUAUGACAGGUAUUUGUUUAUAUUAAACAUUUAUGUAAAAUAGGUGUAUUUAUUCCGCGCUGUCUUUUACAACCAAGAAAGUAAACGUGGGUCCGAUUCCCACGCCCUUUGUAUAUAUUAUAGUAUGUGGUGUUUAGUACUGAAGUGAGGAAUUUGAGCCUCUCUCUUUGUCUUUCUCCUUUUAGCUUGACAUACUGUUGUGAGGUGGUGUGUUGACUCCUGUGAAAUAAAAGGAAGUUUCAUUGUU